UCGCCAUCUGCACGUCACUCCCAAACUUUUCCUUCCUGCGCUCGGGGAGUCAGGUUGACGCGUCCUGGAUGCGGGGCUUGAGGCGCGGGGCUGGGCGCGCUCCCGCGGAGCCGGAGCCGCAGAGGCUUCGGGGUUGGACUCGGGCUUCUCAGGUAAUCUGACAUUUUAAAGAUUUUGCUCCCCCUGAAGAGGAAACAUUUUAAAGGAGCGUGGGAUGUAGAAGAAAUCUUCACGGGCCUCUCCAAGGAUGGCAGGCCGACCCAUCCCUCGCUGAGACCAUGAUCGCUUCUAAUCUCCUGGGUGUCUCCAUGUUCUCCAGCGAGAAUUUUUCCAUUUCAUUUUGUGCCAUGGGAAAAACCUGAAGGACAGGCAGAAUUGCUCCCACACAUGUGGGCUUUUCUUAAGAUUGCAGUAGCUCUUACAGAACAUGACAGUUGGAGAUCACUUCUUUUUGUUGUCUUUCAGAGUUGAACCAAAGAAGGCCCUUCCUCAUCCUCCAGGGCUUUGGUGCCUGCUCAUUUUUAUAUUGUUUGUUUCCAUUGCUUGUGCCUUAAAACCAUCUUAUCUAAUUGAAAGACAUCCUUAAAGUUUUUCCAGCACAACUUGCAUGCAUCCGGGCUCCUCAGGGGCUCGCCCAUGGCUCUGUGGGCCAGCUGUCCAAGGGCAUUACCAUGAGGCACUGCAUUAAUUGCUGCAUACAGUUGUUGCCCAACAACGAGCACAAACAGCAAGUCGGCUGCGGAGGAGGCCCCCUUCAUGGUCACCCGGAGUGCCCUGCGUGCAAAGGAGAGAACAAAAUUGUGCUCCGGGUGGACGGUAAGCAGAUGAACUUGCUUGCUGUUCUCGAGGUGAGGGCCGAGGGGAAUGAGAGCUGGGGCAGGUUUCUGCGCUUCAAGAAGGGGAAGCGAUGUAGCCUCGUGUUUGGACUGAUGAUCAUGACCUUAGUGAUGGCAUCUUAUAUCCUUUCUGGGGCCCACCAAGAGCUUCUGAUCUCUUCACCUUUCCAUUACGGAGCUUUCCCCAGCAAUCCCAGCUUGAUGGACGGAGAAAACCCUAGUGACAUGAAAGAGCAUCAUCACCAACCCUCUGUAAAUAAUAUUUCAUACGUCAAAGACUACCCAAGCAUUAAAUUAAUUAUCAACAGCAUCACAGCCAGGAUAGAAUUCACGACCAGGCAGCUCCCAGACAUAGAAGAUCUCAAGAAGCAGGAAUUGCACAUGUUUUCAGUAAUCCCCAAUAAAUUUCUUCCAAAUAGCAAGAGUCCCUGUUGGUACGAGGAGUUCAUGGGCAGGAACACCACCGACCCGUACCUGACCAACUCCUACGUGCUCUACUCCAAGCGCUUCCGCUCCACCUUUGACGCCCUGCGCAAGGCCUUCUGGGGCCACCUCUCCCACGCCAGCGGGAAGCACUUCCGCCUCCGCUGCCUGCCGCGCUUCUACAUCAUCGGGCAGCCUAAGUGCGGCACCACCGACCUCUACGACCGCCUCCGGCUGCACCCGGAAGUCAAGUUCUCCGCCAUCAAGGAGCCCCACUGGUGGACCCGGAAGCGCUUUGGGAUUGUCCGCCUGAGAGAUGGGCUUCGGGACCGCUACCCCGUGGAAGAUUACCUGGACCUCUUUGACCUGGCCGCACACCAGAUUCAUCAAGGCCUGCAGGCUGGCUCUGCAAAUGAGCAGAGCAGGAUGACUAGAAUCAUUAUCGGGGAGGCCAGCGCCUCCACCAUGUGGGACAACAACGCCUGGACCUUUUUCUAUGACAACAGCACAGAUGGAGAGCCGCCCUUUCUGACCCAGGACUUCAUCCACGCCUUUCAGCCAGACGCAAAACUGAUCGUCAUGCUCAGGGAUCCUGUGGAGAGGUUAUACUCCGACUAUCUCUACUUUGCAAGUUCGAACAAAUCUGCCGAUGACUUCCAUGAAAAAGUGACGGAAGCUCUGCAGCUGUUUGAAAAUUGCAUGCUCGAUUAUUCCUUGCGUGCCUGCGUCUACAACAACACGCUCAACAAUGCCAUGCCUGUGAGGCUCCAGGUCGGUCUGUAUGCUGUGUACCUUCUGGACUGGCUCACUGUCUUUAACAAAGAACAGUUCCUCAUUCUUCGCCUGGAAGACCAUGCAUCCAACGUCAAAUACACCAUGCACAGGGUCUUCCAGUUUCUCAACCUCGGGCCCUUAGGUGAGAAACAAGAGACCCUGAUGACAAAGAGCCCCGCAUCCAACGCGCGGCGCCCCGAGGACCGGAACCUGGGGCCCAUGUGGCCGGUCACCCAGAGGAUCCUGCAGGACUUCUAUGGGCCCUUCAACACCAGGCUGGCACAGGUGCUCGCCGACGAGGCAUUCGCCUGGAGGAAGACCUGAGGGCCGAGCUCCUGCGGCGGGUUCCACUGUACCAUGACAGAAGAGUCUCUUUGAGGGUGGGGGGCCCUUUUACUCACAGCGUGGAGAAAACCCUGAGAUUCUUCUUCCCCUCCCAGGCACGUGUUUAGUGUAAGCAUUUGUGGUGUGAAAUAACCUGGCAACUGACCCUUCAUGGAACUCCCCCAUCCGAGGCCACUGGAAACUCCACUGGGGAAACUGAUCCCUCCUGCACCAGAGCGGCCAGGCUGCGGGGGAGGUCACGCCACCAUGCCGGAGGUCAUGUCACCACGUCAGGGUCACGUCACCAUGCUGGAGGUUAUGUCACCAUGCCAGAGGUCACAUCACCAUGCCGGAGGUCAUGUCACCAUGCCAGAGGUCACGUCACCACACUGGAGGUCAUGCCACCACGCUGGAGGUCAUGCCACCACGCUGGAGGUCAUGCCCCAUGGUAGAGAUCACACCACCAUUCUAGAGGUCGCGCCACCACGGUAGAGGUCACGCCACCAUGCCGGAGUCACGCCACCAUGCCGGAGGUCACGCCCCCACGCUAGAGGUCACUUGCACUUCCAUUCAGUUCUGAAACACCAUUCAGAUCAGUACCUUCAUUUGGGCAGAGAAUGGAGGCUCUUUCCCUUUUUCCUUUUACUCCAAAGUCCACCCUUUAUUCUCUUCGGAUGUAAACCCUGUUCCCUUUACUUGUAUGAGAGAGAAAAAGCAGUCGAACUUUGGUAGCACAUUCGUUUCUCGGACCAUCUCCCAUUCUGUCCUUGCUUUACUUAGGUUUAACUAGAAAAUGAAUGUUUAAAACCACUUUCUGCAUUUCGUUAGGCAUAGCUCUCUUUUCUGCCUCUUAAUGUGUUUCCUCCAGAGUUUUUUCAGUUUAUAAUUGGAAGGGAAGUUUUUGCUGUUAAUUCUAGACUGAGCAACUUCCAAGAAUUGAACUCUUUAUGGGAAAUCUGGGUAUCUUGGACUCUCCUCAUGCACUCAAGGUCACUACCAGGCCUGGAGGGUGUUUUAAGUUUUAGUUCUGGCCACAGACACACUCCGUUGCUCUGCUUUCCCCGAGUGAGCUCUUUACCACAUUCUCCACCACAUGUGGCCAGAGGCCCUUACUGUGUUCACAGACUACAAGAUGCUUGUGUUCUGUUUCAGAAACACAGUGAGCGAGCUAUACGUGGGCCGAGCAUGGUAUGCUGGGAUUCUUAAUGGCAAUUUCUGGGCCCCUCGGCAAUUUGGUUUCCCAAUAGAUGGAGUAAAGGUCUCGUCAUUUCUUGGAAGUGAAGGGGAGAGAUUGAAGAGGACCCUGGAGCGCACUUGGCACCCAGCCCCAGGUGGGACCUUGAUGAGACUUCGCCCUGGAGUGUUUUCAAGGGAAGCUUCCUGCGAACCAGAGCCCUCUGGUCAAGGUCCCUUAACGCCAAAGUCAGAAAGUGCAGGUGUCUUCGUGUCCAGCCAUCGCUCGCAGACAUGCGGGUUCGCUCAGCUGUCCAGCCCUGGCACCACUGUCUUUCUGCCAUCAGGAGGUGGGACACGCAGCCCAUCUGACAGCAUGCAGAGGGCCAUAUGGACGGCCGAGCCGUUUCUGCUCCCGAAGGGGCUGUGUGCCCUGAGACCCGCUUUGUGGGACAAUGCCCCCUUUCCCUUUCCCUCACAGCUAGCAGGUGGAGCGGGGCUGGCGGGGGAGUCUGGCCUGAGCCCGGGGGGCCGCGGGAGAUAUCACUCCAGCGUGCAUGUGUAUUUAUCUGCAGUGGAGGGUGUGUGCGCGCGCGUGGGUGCCUCUUCUGAGUGGGCUCCCUUCCACUUCUGUUGCUGAUGAGGCGCCUCCGCUCUGGACACAGCCUUCUUGUGGAUUAAUUUCUCUGCCUACAAACUUGUCACUUCCAGUACACGUUUUGCUAUUCUACUCCAACCACCGCGACGACAAAGGAUUUUUCCUACACACUCCUAUGCAUGUGAAUAACAUGUAGUGUAAUUCUGCUUCUUACAGAAGUAUUACCGGAGCUAUUAUUUCCAAUAUUAUCUGGUUUAUUCUACAAAUUUUUUUGUAUAUGCAGGCCCAGCCCUUCGCGCCCAUCCGUGCCAUCCAGUUUCUUUCGAGGAGCCAUCUCUGGAGGGUGUAUCUGUCACCUCUACUUUGUCGCGUUCAGGCCCGGUUCUCGUUGACGGCCCGGGCACCGUUCCAGACGGCGGCCCUCGAGCCUGUUGUCCAAAACCAAAGUGAAAGGGAGCAUUUCUCACGACCUGGUAUCGAAGUGACUUUGUGUCCCCAAAGUUGCGUGUUGGACUGUGUUCAGUUGUACACCCUUAGUAGUGGCAGGCAUGUUACAUGAGCCAUGGUCACGCUGUACUUUUAUUCAUAUUUAACAUUAAAUGUGGACCCCUGUGACCUGUC